AUGAACUCAGUUAUUGGUGGUGGUUUGCAAUCAUGGUUGACGGUUGUGCUGUUGCUUGUUGGUGUUGGAACUCAGCCGAGAUUACCAAGGGGUUCUGAUGAUGUUGUGGUUGAAUUUGAAAAGCAGAGAUGGUGGUGUUGCAGUAAACUCCAUCUUACGUCUGCAGCAGAUACAAUAUCUUUGGGUGAUUCUCUUACUGGUGAUCAAACUAUUAUAUCAAAGGAUGGAAAUUUUGAACUUGGUUUCUUCAAGCCAGGUAAGUCUCAGAAUCACUACAUAGGUAUUUGGUACAAAAAAGUGUCACUUCAAACUGUUGUUUGGGUUGCUAACAGAGAUGCACCUAUUCUUGAUCCAUCUUCUUCGAAGUUUACGCUUUCAGGAAAUGGGAACUUAGUUUUACUUAAUAGUUUAAUUAGAACUCCUAUUUGGUCUACUCAUUUAGAUUCAAACACUCUAAAUACGCCUGAAGCAGUUCUUGGUGAUGACGGAAAUCUUGUUUUAAGAGAUGGGUCUAAUCCAUCAGUUGUCAUUUGGCAGAGUUUUGAUUAUCCAACUGAUACUUUGUUACCUGGUGCCAAACUUGGGUUCAGUAAAAUAACAAACCAAAUUCAGCAACUUACUUCAUGGAGAAAUCAAGAAGAUCCAGCCACAGGACCUUACAAUUGGUUGUUAGGACCGAAUAGAACAAGACAGCUCGUUAUAUACUGGAACAAAUCCGAAGAAAUCUGGAAAUCUGGGGAGUGGAAUGAAAAAACAAAAACUUUUAGUUUUCUUCUUGAGAUGAGAUUAAAUUAUGAAUUCAAGUUUAAUGUCAUUUCGAAUAUAAAUGAAAGUUACUUUAGUUAUUCACUUAAUGACAAAUCUAUGAUUGCUAGAUUUGUUAUGGACAGUUCUGGCCAAAUCAAGGAGUUUACAUGGUUAGAAAGCAAGCAUGAGUGGAUUGCGUUGUAUGUUCAGCCCAAACGAUUGUGUGAUGUUUAUAGUAUUUGUGGACCUUUUGGCAACUGUAACCAGGAUACUUGGAAGUGUGAGUGUUUGCCGGGUUUCGUCCCACGAUCUCUUACAGAUUGGAAUCUCCGGGAUUCAACUGGUUAUCCUCACCAAUUGAGACGACGUGCUCAAUUUGUAUCGGGCAUCGUCUUAACUUGA